AAUUCAUUCUCAGAAAUUCGCUUGAGUCUCACUCACCUGGAUCUCAAUUACCAAGCCGUAAAGUUUCAGAAAAAGACAAAUUAAUCAUUUCUUAUUUGUUUUCCUUUUGUCGUAAAAACACAUAAAUAAGCUUUUGCAUUUGCAAGCUCCAUUGUAAUAACAGCGACCAACGCACCAAUCUUAAUCCUUGUUUUUCUCAUUUGUCCCAAACAAAAUUAAUUUUUGAGGAACACUUUUUCGACACCUCAGAAUCCCACCUGCAGAUUCUCUUCCAUCAAUUUCAGCAUAGUGAUUGUGGAAGCUCAAGAAAGGGAUUGGUACUGUAGAUAGGACUAGGAGUCCCUGAAAUGUAUAUGCCUGUGGCUACCUCUGCCAUUCAGCGCGGUGGAUUGCCUACUGACAGUGGGGACUCUGUUGUGGCGUUAGACCAAGUUCCGCGAUGGAAUGAUGCUGAUCAGGUCUUGGGGUUUGAAACUUCAUUUUCUAGUUCACACUUUCCCGAUCCUUUAGCAUCGCCCUCAAGGGCAGACAGUGGCGAUGGCAGUGAGUCGGUGUCAAAGUUUCCUGUUGACGAUGAAGUCAAUUCGAAGAUAUAUUUGUGGAGGGGGAAUCCCUGGAAUCUUGAGGUGGAUGCGGUGGUAAAUUCAACAAAUGAGAAUAUGGAUGAAGCACACAGCAGCCCUGGGUUGCAUGAUGCAGCUGGACCCGGUCUUGCAGAAGAAUGUGCGACACUGGGUGGAUGUCGAACAGGGAUGGCUAAAGUUACCAAGGCAUAUGACCUUCCUGCCAGGAAAAUUUUCCACACGGUUGGCCCAAAGUAUGCUAUAAAGUACCAUAAUGCUGCAGAGAAUGCUUUAAGUCAUUGCUAUCGUUCUUGCCUGGAGCUUCUGGUUGAAAAUGGGCUUCAAAGCAUUGCUAUGGGCUGUAUUUAUACGGAGGCAAAGAACUAUCCCCGAGAACCAGCUGCACAUGUAGCUAUAAGAACAGUGCGGCGAUUUCUUGAGAAGCAGAAAAACAACAUAAUAGCUGUUGUCUUUUGCACUGUGAGCACAACUGAUACUGAGAUAUAUAAAAGGUUGCUUCCUCUGUACUUUCCUCGGGAUAAACAUGAGGAGCAAGUUGCUUUGUCUAAACUUCCUGCAGAUGUUGGGGAUGAAAAUGGUGAGACAAUCUCAGAUGAGCGUAAAAUCAGAAUAAAGCCUUUGCCCAAAAGGAUAGUUUCAAGACCACCUGAAUUUCCAGCUGAUCAUCCUGUUAGUGAUGUCGGCUUGGUUAGCAGGAAUUCAUCACAUUUAGAUUCAUUUCUGGAUCCUGCCUUCAUGUCCAUGAUCAAAGACCCCGAUCAACGGCGGAUGGAGCAGUGGGAGAAAACUGCUGAAGCACAAAGAGGCUGGAAUUGUGCUAAAUUGAUUGGAUAUGGCGACCUUGGUGGACCCUCAUUGUCUGCUGCCGAAGAAUAUUCUCUACACUCUAGAUACCUGUCUAAAGCAAAUUCCUUAAAUCUUUCUGAAAUUGCAGAAAUGAAAAUUGUCUAUCGUGGUGGGGUAGACAGUGAGGGGCAUCCUGUCAUGGUUGUUGUAGGGGCCCACUUUUUACUUCGGUGUCUUGAUCUGGAGCGAUUUGUGCUAUAUGUGGUGAAGGAGUUUGAGCCUUUAAUACAAAAGCCUUUUUCUAUUGUCUACUUCCACUCUGCUGCAUCUUUGCAGAUGCAGCCAGACCUGGGUUGGAUGAGAAGAUUGCAACAAAUACUUGGUCGGAAGCACCAGCGCAACCUGCAUGCAAUAUAUGUCCUUCACCCAACUUUCGGACUAAAAGCAGCAGUAUUUGGACUUCAGAUGUUUGUGGACAGUGUGGUUUGGAAGAAAGUGGUAUAUGCUGAUCGACUUCUGCAGCUCUUCAGAUACAUACCUCGUGAACAGUUGACCAUCCCAGAUUUUGUGUUUCAGCAUGACUUGGAAGUGAAUGGAGGGACGGGUCUCAUUGUGGAUCCCAGAACAAAAUAUGUGUACAACAGACCAUGACACACAUGAACUUCUAUCAUUAGUUGAUAAAGGAGGACCAUUCACUGCAGUUUCUAAAUUAUUUGCCUUGCCCUUAUUGUCGCUGUUAACAGGAAGAGGGGCUUGUAUGAAUUUGAAAUGUGUAUGGAAGCAUUCUUUUUUUUUUUUUUUGGAUUUUUGGAAGGAGUGAUAAGUUCCCCCGUUUGUAUAUGUUAUUGAUUGUGGAAGCUAAUGGUUGGAUUUCUUUAAUUGUUUGUAUAUUCAAGGGAAAUAUAUUGAAUAAAAUUAGUCUUUGAUGAUUUUCGUUUC